CCACGGAGGGUGAGAAUGGAGCCGCGCGGACUUCUCCGUGUAACCUGCCCCUCUCUCCCACCCACCAGGCCUCAGCCACCUUCCGGAUGCUGGUGCUGCCGGCCCCCUGUCCCCAGCCCCCAGCGCUGCCCUCCGCUGAGGCCAUGGAGGACCCUCCCCCUCGGACUGGCCUGUCCCCAGAACCCAGACCUUCCUCCUCCGCAGGAUCUCCCCGGAGCUCGUCCCCUCCGAGGUCCAACCACUACCUGCUCAUUGACACCCAGGGCGUCCCCUACACUGUGCUGGCGGACGGGGGGGCUCAGGGGCAGCCCGGGGCCAACGGGGCUUCGGCUCAGAAAAAGUGCUACAGCUGUCCCGUGUGCUCCCGGGUCUUCGAGUACAUGUCUUACCUGCAGCGACACAGUAUCACCCACUCGGAGGUGAAGCCCUUUGAGUGUGACACCUGUGGGAAGGCAUUCAAGCGUGCCAGCCACCUGGCAAGGCACCAUUCCAUUCACCGGGCAGGUGGUGGGCGGCCCCACGGCUGCCCGCUCUGCCCUCGCCGAUUCCGAGAGGCGGGCGAGCUGGCCCAGCACAGCCGGGUUCACUCUGGGGAGCGCCCGUUCCAGUGCCCGCAUUGCCCGCGUCGGUUUAUGGAGCAGAGCACGCUGCAGAAGCACACCCGGUGGAAGCAUCCGUGAGCUGGGGUUGCAGGGCACCCCUGGCACCUUGGGAUCUGGGGGAGCCUGGACUCCUGUCGUCCUCAGACACCCAGGGAGCACCCGAGGCUGAGUUUCGGGGCCCUGGACACAUAGACCCACCUGUUGUGGAGGCCAAGCCCUGGGAAAGGAGGAGCUCAGGAGUAAUCUUCCGUCUGGUGUUUUGGAGACAAGAUGGGAACAAGACCUCACAUUCACAGAAUGGAGUCCUCUAGCCUCAGCGACAUCAGCUAUUCCAGGCUGAGCCCUGACCAGGGGGGCUGUAGGGGAGACCACUGGAUGUGGAAAUUCUCUGCCUAAAAGUAUAGUUGGGGGCCACUGGGAACCUGCACCAUCUUCCCAAGGCCUCCAUACUAAUGUUGGGGGUAGAGGCUCCAGACUUGCCCCCCACCCCCUAGCCAGGGACUAAGUGUAGAUGCCCAAUAAACCCGUUUUCCACUUUGA